AGGCAACGAAGGUUCCAGUAACAGCUUCUUAAUUGAUAUUUGUCCCAUUCGACAGCGGAGGGUAAGACCCAGCCUUACUGGGCGAUUCGUGGUUAACCAUGCGUGGGGCUACAUAUAAUCACUAAACUUGCCAAAGUGCACGUGAUAUGAGGCGAUGGGUUUUAUCUGAUCCCGAAAAACCAAUUCCUCCUACUGUCCAAUCUUCCUACCGUUCUAGUUACCUAGUCAAGGAUAUCGGCGUAAUUAUGGCAGGUGGCUUCAUUGCCUACCACGAGCCUGGGAUUGUCGAAAUCCUAACAAUUAUCUCCUUUUUCUUUAUCCUCUCCUUGGCAGAAUGGCUUUCCUCGAAAAUGAUCCGUGCUGGCAUUAUAGGCCAAAUUGCAGUUGGGAUAAUAUAUGGAAAGCCUCUGGCUGAUAUCCUUACCUCGGAGUCGCAGAAAACCUUUCUCUCUCUCGGAUACGUUGGCCUGAUCCUUAUUAUCUUUGAAGGGGGUCUUGGCGCUCGUAUUGACCUGCUCAAGCAAAAUUUUGUCCUCAGCAUGGUCGGAGCGAUUACAGGUGUUUGCUUUCCAAUCGGUCUCUCCUAUCUCCUACUUUAUCUCGGAUUUGGAUACGGCCCUGUGGAAACGUUCAUUAUUGGCGCAGCACUCUCUGCCACUUCUCUGGGUACCACAUUUGCUGUUAUAUCAUCGGCUUCAAGUACAAUAAAUCUUGCUCAGACUCGUGUUGGUUCUGUUCUUGUCAGUGCGGCUGUCAUUGAUGACGUGGUUGGCCUCGUGAUGUCUAGCGUCAUAGGAAAUCUACAUAUGAUCCAAGAGGACGGUGAUAUCAAUCUUGGCUGGCUUAUUGGCCGUCCUAUAGUCGCCUCUGUAGGUAUGGCUCUUGUCACUCCUAUUGUUACCAAAUUCUUCUUUGCACCAAUGUUUCGGCGAUAUAUCGAAUAUCACUUUGCGCGCUUCGACCAUAUAUCUAAUAUCAUUCUCAUGGUUUUGGUCCUGUCUGCAUUCAUCAGCAUCGCUGCCUAUACCGGGACAUCAGUUCUGUUUGGUUCCUUUCUUGCAGGCUCAUUUCUGUCGUACAUACCAAGCAAGCACCCCGAGGGACCGUUCGUCGUGAUGAGCCGUGAAGAGGGCGAGCGAGAGACUGAUAAGAGCCCGACGUUUAUUCACACAUUCGAGCGCUACCUUUUGGAUGUGCAAAAGUAUCUCAUGGAACCACUAUUUUUCGCAAGUAUGGGAUUUGCAAUACCCUUUGUGCAGCUUUGGACUGGGAAAAGGAUAUGGAGGGGCAUCGUCUUUACACUUCUCAUGAUAUUUGCGAAGUUCAUUGUUGGAAUAUGGAUACCAUUGUGGGAUUGCGUAUUUAUCAGAAAUGUACCAAAAUUAAGAGCUGGUCCUAUUGUACAAGGUUCUCCCGAGGGAGCGAACCGUGACCGCAACACGGGGAAAUCCGACCGUGAGAGAACUUGGCUGUCCGGUCUGCUCUUGGGCUCUGCCAUGGUUGCCCGUGGUGAAAUUGGCCUAUUAAUUAUUGAAAUAGGCUAUAACAAUACGUCCUAUGUAACCCAGGAGGGCCUCAUCACGGGUGUAUGGGCCAUACUUCUUAAUACGAUUAUCGGUCCAGUCAUUGUCGGUCUGCUCGUCAAGUACUAUGGCAAGCGGAUAGCGGAGGGGCAAUGGGGAUUGCAAAACCACCCGGUGCCUAGCCUGGGACACUAGGCGAACAAGGAUAAAAGUACAAAACAAUGAUCAUCUCUAAAAUUUGUUAUAGUUUGUUUGAUGAUGUCUCGCUACGCUAUGGAUGGUCUACUAGAAGUUAAAAGUGUAUUCGGUUCUUGUUGGAUCUUUAUGUUUCUGUUGGUAACGUACUUGGAAGCGAGCCGCACCUGUAAGCCAGCCGCACCCCU